AUGGCAAUCGGCAAAGUCCGACCCAACAAACGAUCAUCGUCAGGCAGUUCUUCAUACUCAUCUACUGUGACAACGUUAAUCGUUGGAGGACUGUGUGUAUAUGGAAUAUACAUGUUGUCUUCAAACGAUUUCUUUUCCCCUGUUACCACUAUUCGAACCGAUGCUGAAACUUCCAUCCAAUCAAACGGUGAUGAUUCGUCCGUCUUUGAUCAACCGAGUCAUCCCGUGAAACCCAUUGCCAAGAAAAGCAAGCCCGUUUUCGGAGACAGCCAGGGAGAUCUUCCUGAUGAUGCCAUCAAGAACGAUCAUCAUGAAACAGGGCAUGAUGAUCAUAAGGAUGAGGCCAAUGUCGAUAAACCGGAACCCGAAUCCGAAAAUAAGGAUGAUGAUCCAUCGCGUAAUAAUAGUGAAGCAGAAGAUCAAAAUGAGAAAGAUGAUUCAGUGCAAGAACUGAAAGGCCGUGAAUCUGAAGAGGAGCAAAAGAAGCAGAAGAAGCCUGAUGCUCAAACUUCUGUGGACCAAGUAGUCCAGAAGAAGGAGAAGAGUGAGGAAGAAAUCACCAGCAAGCAUGAAGAGAAAAGCUCCAACGAUGAACAUCAUGAAAAUCAGGGGAUUUCUGCGAAUAAUAAAGAGCACGAGAUAUCAGAUGAAGAUCAACAGAAACGGUUGGAACAACAUCAACAACAAGAAGAUGAUCAAAUUCAGCAAGGGAAAACACAAGAUCACGAGACUGAAGGAUUAACAAGCUAUGAUCAAACAGAACAUGAUCGUCAGAAACCUAAGGAUCAACCAUCUGGGAUCUCAACCAAAAAAGCAUCCCAAACUUCCAAUGGAGGGAGCUCAGCCAAUCACCAGGAGUCUAAUGAAUCAAAGAAGUCCUGGUCAACACAAGCAGAUGAUUCUGAGAACCAGAAAGAGAGACGAAAAGAUGGAACGAAUGAUCAAUCUGGAAAUAAUCAGAAAUGGGAGCUGUGUAACACCACAGCUGGCCCUGACUACAUUCCCUGCCUGGAUAAUGAGAAAGCAAUAGCCAAAUUAACAAGUCGGAGACACUAUGAGCAUCGCGAGAGACAUUGCCCCGAGGAAGCGCCUACUUGUCUUGUUCCCCUGCCUAAGGGUUACAAAAAGUCUGUAGAAUGGCCUCAAAGCAGAGAUAAGAUAUGGUACCACAAUGUACCUCAUACCAAGUUGGCAGAAGUAAAGGGGCAUCAGAAUUGGGUGAAGGUAACAGGGGAAUUCUUGACUUUCCCUGGUGGUGGCACUCAGUUUAUCCAUGGAGCAUUGCAUUACAUUGAUUUCCUGCAAGAGGCAGUUCCAGAUAUAGCAUGGGGAAAACAUACUAGGGUAAUAUUGGAUGUUGGAUGUGGAGUUGCUAGCUUUGGGGGUUUUCUCUUUGAAAGAGACGUUCUGGCAAUGUCCUUUGCACCGAAAGAUGAGCAUGAGGCUCAAGUUCAGUUCGCCCUCGAAAGGGGAAUACCAGCAAUAUCAGCUGUGAUGGGUACACAAAGGCUGCCAUUUCCAAGCAGCGUGUUUGAUGUUGUGCAUUGCGCCCGCUGUAGAGUCCCCUGGCAUGCAGAAGGUGGCCUCCUUCUUCUGGAAUUGAACCGAGUUCUUCGACCAGGAGGGUACUUCAUUUGGUCAGCCACUCCUGUGUAUCAAACACUUGAGGAGGAUGUUCAGAUAUGGAAAGAAAUGUCCAAUCUUACAGUUGCAAUGUGUUGGGAACUUGUGACAAUCAAGAAGGAUAAACUAAAUUCCGUUGGUGCCGCAAUCUACCAUAAGCCAGAUUCAAAUGAUUGUUACGAGAAAAGGAAAAGCAACCGCCCGCCAAUGUGCAAAAGUGAUGAUGAUCCUAGUGCUGCUUGGCAUGUACCGUUGCAAGCGUGUAUGCACCGGGUUCCCACUCAAUCAAACGAGAGAGGCACAGAGUGGCCAGAGGAGUGGCCUCAGCGAGUUCAGUCAACUCCAUACUGGUUGAAUAAAUCUCAAAUGGGGAUUUACGAAAAGCCAGCCCCUGAGGACUUUGCAGCAGACUAUGAACACUGGAAAGAGGUCAUCAACAAGUUGUAUAUGAAUGGAUUGGGCAUCAACUGGUCAGGCGUGAGAAAUGUCAUGGACAUGCGAGCAGUAUAUGGAGGGUUUGCUGCAGCACUGAAGGACCUCAAAGUGUGGGUGAUGAAUGUGGUGAACAUAGAUUCUCCAGAUACACUUCCAAUCAUCUAUGAACGAGGUCUCUUUGGUAUAUAUCAUGACUGGUGUGAAUCCUUCAGCACAUAUCCACGGACAUAUGAUCUACUACAUGCUGAUAAUCUUUUCUCAAGGCUAAAGAAGAGGUGCAAACUUAUCCCGGUGAUAGCAGAGGUUGACAGAAUAGUGCGGCCUGGAGGUAAAUUCAUUAUGCGGGAUGAUUCCAACACGGUUGGGGAAGUUGAGAAUUUGUUGAAGUCUUUGCAUUGGGAGGUCCAGUUCACCUCCUCCAAGGACAAAAAAGGUGUCCUGAGUGCCCAGAAAUCGGAAUGGCGGCCAGACUCAUGA